UCCAGAAGCUCCAUGUGACCUGCCGCGGGAGCCAGCCAUAUGACCGUGAAAUCCCCGAUUUUCUGAUGUCCUCGCGUUUCCAGACAUUUGCCUGCAGCAGGAGACUGCCACACACUUUAGGCUGUUAAUCGGCAAAAUCUCCUUCAGUCUUAUUAGAACCUCGAAAUUUGCCAUUCGACAGCUGCUAUUUUGAUGUGUUUUUAUCAUUCAAGAUUGUUAUGAAUUAAUCUGGGCACUUUCAGACAUUUGGCUUGGAUUGUGACAAGUAUUGAGUCACAGAUCGAGUGAAUUGAACCCAAAAUUUUGUCGGCUAAUUGGAUAAUUUCCUUGUUAUGUUUAUUGUGGGGUUUAAUUGGAGAUAAGGAAUUGAGGAGCGGAUUAGGCAUGGAGUCGAGCAGGAGGGCUGUGGAAGCGUACUGGAGGUCGCGUAUGAUCGACAAUGCCACUGCAGAUGACGAUAAAAUUACCCCCAUUUAUAAGAUGGAUGAGAUUUGCGAGACGCUUCGCUCCAGUCCAUUCGCAAUUGUCAAGGAGAUGUCCGAUUUUGUUCUCAAACGCCUCGAUCACAAAAGCCCUCGGGUCAAGCAAAAGGCUUUGAGGCUUAUCAAAUAUUCAGUAGCAAAGGCUGGAGUAGAAUUCCGAAGAGAAAUGCAACGGCAUUCAGGAGUUAUACGUCAGAUGUUUCAUUACAGAGGUGAGCCAGAUGCUCUUAGAGGUGAUGCGUUGAAUAAGGCUGUCCGUGAUACUGCCCAUGAAGUGGUAGCAGCCAUAUUUGCUGCGGAGGAAAAGCAAAAUGCUUCAGAGGAUGUCAACAAACGAAUUCAAGGGUUUGGUAAUACUAAUUUUGAAAUGCCAUUGGAUGAUAGAAAGUCAUUUCUUAGUGAAGUUGUUGAAUUGGGAAGUGCAUCUAUUAGACAGGGUCUGAACAUGAUUGGUGGACAGUCAAAUAAUAAUUAUUUUGAUGCAAAAGGAAACCCAGCUGGAAGUUACAGAGGGCCUAGCCUAAGAAAGUCACUUACAUCAGAAAGAGAUACUUCAUCAAAGCACCAAAGAGAUGGACCAUGGACAGAGUCUCCCUAUUCUUUGGGUUCUUCUGAGAUCAGAGAUGUGCCACCAAAUCAAGAUUAUAGGGUUUCUUCUUCAGAUGUAAGCAAUGAAAAACUUGGUCCCAGUCAAGCAAGAGGAAGCGGUCGAGAAGAGAGGCUUUUAGAUUCUAUCACAACUGUUGGGGGUGUGCGUCUCCAGCCCAGUCGUGAAGCUAUUCAGAGAUUUCUCUCAGAGGCCUCAAAAUUAGAUUGUAACAUUUUGAGCCAAGCCAUAAAUUCAAAACUUCAUUCAAAUGUGUGGCAGGUACGGUUGAAAGUUAUGUGUGUUCUGGAGUCAAUGUUACGCCAACAAAGAGAAGAUACCUCCUUUGAGACCGUGACAUUGUUUUUUCAAGAAAACAAGGAUGCAGUAGUUGCUUGUUUAGAAUCCCCACAAGCAUCUUUAAGAGAGAAGGCAAAUCGGGUAUUGGCUCUUCUGGGAGGCAGUACUACAGUUAAUGAUAAAACCACAACGAUAGAAACGCCAAAUGGUUCUACUAGACCUGUUGCUGUUGAGAUGCCAGAUCUAAUAGACACUGGCGAAAUGGACCUGCUUGCAACUGAAGAUCCUUCACAAGUAAAAAUUAAUGAAACUACAACAUCAUCUAUGGUAGACUUAUUGGGUGAUAGUAUUCAGUUUGUUACAGAGGAAACAAACACUAUAUAUAAAGAAGAGGACCCUUUUGCUGGCUUGUCUAUUCACACCAAUGUAAAUGAGGGCAGUAACUCUACCAGUAAUCUUUUUUCUGGUCUGGUCAUUGGUACUGACAGCGAAAUAGAAAAUGAAGUGAGUAGAAGUCCGUUCAAGGAAGAAAAUAGUUUUUUUAGUGAUUUUUCUCCAAGUGUAGAGCACCACCAGAGCAAGCCUCCUUCACUGCCUGAAAACUUGGAUGAUCUGUUUAGCUCUUUAUCAGUGAGUCAACCCUUUUCAGACAGUAGUCAACAGAGAGAAAAAAACAAUGCUGGAAAUGUUAUUCCUAAUGAUCCACAAGCAGGAUUGCAGUUUCUUCAGCAAAAUCAUCUAACAGGGUAUCAGGCUUUUAAUACUGCACCGAGCUCUCAGAUAAUGGGUGGGAAUUCACCACUUCUAUCCUCGGUUGGCCCUAUAAAUAACCUCCCACAAAAUAUGAUGAUGCCUCAAAUGUUUCCGUUACAGUCAAUGAACUUUGGACCCAUUGGAAAUCCACUUGCACAGCAGCAACUACUAGCUGCAAUGGCUAAUUUGCAGCGUUUUGGAAUGGGAGCAAAUUCUGAUUCUGGAGGCCUUUUGCAGACUGAUUCCGGAAUUGGCAAAGGGUCUUCUCAUAUGUAUCCAGAUGGCUUUGAUUUUUCAAGCGAUCCAUUGUCUAGUCAUGUUUUAAGUGCAGAAAGCUCAAGAAAAGAGGAGAAAACAAGAGCCUUUGACUUUAUUGCAGACCACAUUUCUGCUGCCAAAAAUGUGAAGAAAGUUACUUGAAGUGCAAGGUAUCAUACUGGUAAAGUCUGAUAAGAACUGCCAGUUGUCGAGUCCUGCAAAAUAAUACCUUCACAGUCAAUUCGGGAAAUUUGAGAUUUUUAAAUUGUCUUUCUGUUGGCGGCUUCUCCAUUUCAAUAAAGUAAUAAGUUGUUUGAGACUUAUUGCACAGUGAAGGUUAUUGAGUGACAUGGAACUGUUUCUUGCUCAUGUAUUAUCAUUUGUUGUAUGAUGCCUAAAAUAACUGGUCCAAAAUUCUGUUCUAAAUUAGCUCAGGUCAUGCAACUGAGAGAUUAUUUUUCUUAUUGUGUUAAAUUAAUCUCCUCUUCUCAUGCAUUUCAUGCUUAUGCAUGUGUGGCAUUUAUGCAGAUCACAUAUUGAAAGUUGAUUCGAGUGAUGGAAAAUAUGCAGGGUUAGAUGCCAGUGACUGGGCAUUUUUCUCGGUCCCAUAUGGUUCAUAAUGGGGUAAAUUAUAUUUUACAGGCUACCUCCAUUGUAUUAUUUCUCUGAUGCAUAUGUUGAUUGCAGCUAUAAUGGUGUUUAGUUUAUCCUCUUACUAGGAAGGAAAUAUCUAUGUACUGCAAUUUGGUUGAGUCAUGUGGCGAUGUCCCAAUUUUUUAUAAAUCAAAAUGUGCGGUUAUGUGUUCUCAUCCAACUGCAUACAAGGCUGCUUGUUCAAUAGAUUCGAACUGUUGCUUCUCCUCUCUAUUCAAAUGCUAUGCAUAACAACCUUUCGUAAUGCUAGCAAGGUACUAAAUUAUCAUACUUGUUAAGGUGUUCAAAGCAAAGUUUGACAUGCUAAUGCUUCUCUAGUACUGUAUCUAAAAGAUUGGAAGAGAAUCCAAAGCAAGGUGCACGUUAUUUUC